AUGGAAGACCUCCAGCAACCUGUGCCACACUCGCAAGCUGAACAACAAGGUGCGCACAUUGAAGAUGGCAACGAUAGUGCCUUGGGUAAAGGCAUGAGAGGAAAAUUUCCUAAUGUAAAAUUUCAUGAAUUUUUGACACAUACUAUCCGAAAUAAAAGUCCAUCUACACCAACUCAAAGUUCACUUGUGACAUCACCUCCCUCAGGAGGAAAUGAACCCAAAAGUUUCAGGGAGGCCAUGAAACACGAGGGUUGGAGAAAGGCUAUGGCAGAGAAACUAUCUCCCGGUAAAAAGGCACUUGGAAGCAAGUGGGUGUACAAAGAGAAAUAUGAUGAGCACAAAAACAUGCAGAGAUUGAAAGCGAGAUUAGUCAUCUUUGGCCAUCAUCAGGUUGAAGGUUUAAACUACAAUGAGACUUUUGCUUCGGUUGCAAAAAUGGUGACAAUUCGUACUUUUCUUGCAGUAGCGGCUGUGAAAAUUUGGGAAGUCCAUCAAAUGGACGUUCAUAAUGCGUUUCUUCAUUGUGAUUUGGAAAAAGAGAAUCCAGUGUUUCAUGAACGAACAAAACAUAUUGAGUCGGAUUGUCAUUUUGUUCAGGAUGCAAUUACAGAUGGAACGAUUAUACGUUCGUAUGUUCAUACGACGGUUCAGUUGGCUGAUAUUUUUUACAAAGGCUUUGGAAAAAGCUAA